CGCCCACCCAUUUGAUCAACACAAAAUGAAGAGUUCGCUUCCUUUGUUAUCAUUCUUCCUGAUCUCGUCCUUCUUUCAUGGGGAGGCUGCAGUUAGGACCGUACUCGACGUCGACGGGAACGGCGUCCAAAGCGGCGUCAAGUAUUACGUCGUCCCGGUGAACCACACCCAAGGCGGCGGGCUUGAUCUGCUGCGCCGGCCCCCAUCUACUCCAUGCUAUGAGAAUGUCGUCGCAGUGCGGCACCCCAAACGGUUAGCGAACGCUGCGUCCUUCUUCCCGGCGGUGGCUCCGAAGAACGGCGUCGUCCAGAACGGGACGGAUCUCAACGUCGAGAUAUUCCCCAGCGGAGCAAACGCAAGAAACUGCUCCAAAUCCUCCAGUGUCUGGAGAAUCCCGGGCGAUCCUGAAAACAUCGACACGGAUAUAUACGUCGUGAGCGGCGGAGUGAAGGGGAACCCGAGCCCCGCGACGGCGGUCAACUGGUUCAUGAUUGUGAAGUCGGUCAACGGGUACAAGUUUAUGUUUUGCCCGUUUUCGUUGUGCGACUGCAACCCGGUGUGCCAAGAUGUUGGCAUCUUCGUGGACAAAGCGGGAAACAGGCUUCUCAAAGUUCAGAGCAGCUUACCCCCUUUGGAAGUCAACUUCGUAAAGGCCUAGCCAGUUACCUGCAAGCUUUCGUGGCGUUCAUUCAUCAUAAAUCAAUUCAUGGAAUUGUUACUUGAUGCUUCAUUUUCGCAUUUUUAUAUGCUAAUAAAAUGUCAAGAAAUAUGUUGCUUCAACCCAUUUUUAUCCACACAUUUACAUACUACGCAUUAUCUGUUUUGUUCAUGAAUGUUAGGGAUAGAGUAUAUGUGGGCCACGACCUACAUACUCUUGGACACAGCAACGGAUCAAAGCAAA